ACAAAGCCACACUUUCCCUCAGUCUAAGCUUCUCCACGAAGCCGGGACGAAACCCUAGCUUCCGCCCCUGAAAACCCCAAUUCCAGAGCCAUCCAGAGGUAUCCUUGGAGAGCGGGGCCUCUGAUGGACGGCGCCGCCUCCCCGCAGGCUUCGGCGGAGGCCGGCGGCGCCGCGGAUCUGGAUCCCCGCCGCCCCGCGGCCGCCGCGGUGGUGGAGGAGGGGCAAGGAUAUGUGGACUCGUUACUCAGGGUGUCGCUUCAACUGCUCCGGAAGGGUCUGCCCUACGAAAUCCGGCGCCAAGGCCUGAAGCUGAUGCUGCACCUGUUGAGAUAUAGGUGGGAUGAGCUUCACAUAUCUCGAGCUGUUGAUGGAACUUCUCUUCCAGCAGAUAUGAAGGAUUUGUUUUCUCUUCCACACAUCACCGAGGAAGAUGUGCUUGCCUUUGUUGGAAGUAACAUAACUGCUUAUUCUGUGGAACAGAAGCAUGCAAGGGAAGAAGGAAAUCAGGAUGGAGGAGCUACACAGCCUUCCUCUGGCUCUUAUAUAAUGCCAUCUACUCCAAGUACUUACAUGACAUCAGGACUGCAUCCUUGGGCUCAAAAAAAUGUUGAAAGUUUGGGUUUAUCUGUUGCUCUUUCCUAUUUCCAUGAUCUGCCCACAAGACAGCCUUCUUUCAGUUCCUGUUCUGCUCCUUCAUUUGCCAGAUCUAAUGAUAUUUCUUGUACCACGAACCACAAGAAAUUAGAUGACAAUCUCAUCCUUUGUCCCCGACUCUAUUGCACCUCUUUUCCACUUCACGGUUCAGUUCCUAUCUCUUGGUUGCGGUUGGGUACAAAAUUCCCGAAUGGCAAUGCAGCCAAGAGUUUAAACCUUAAUCCAGAACAUGAAAUCAAUACUGGUGUUACUGAAGGAGCCACCGAGUUUGUUGAUGACAGAAAUCCGGGCAUUGAGGGAACCAUGUCAGGCUAUCAAGAAAAGGGCCAGCUACUUCUUGUGGAGCAUAAUAUCCUAUCUGAAGCAUUUGUCAAUGUGACAUCCUUUCCUUGGGUUCAAGACAUGGAGUAUUUGCUUACAAAUAUUUUGUGCACUUUAAACGAAAUUUGGAACCAGUCAGACUGGGAAGACAAAUAUAUGCAUUCUAUAUAUUGUUUAUCUGGUCUUCUUGACAACUACCAAUUUAGGAGGACUGUUUGCUCAUUGGUAAAAUCAUUUGAGAAGCUGCUUGGUAACAGAAUUUUGGAGUCUGCAGGAUUUCGGGAAGAACCUUCAGUGUCCGCUGACUAUGUGUACUCAUCUACCCUUCCAAAGUUGAUGCUUCCCCUAAUCUUACGGAUUCUUAAUUGUAUACAAAUGCUUUGGAGCGAACCAAUUAGUUAUGAUCUGUCAAGGUUAACAGCCAAGAAAAUUAAGUUUCUAUUAGAGAAUGGUAAACUGCCUGACAGUGAUGAAGCUGAUAUGCUGCAGAAUUCAGAAACUUGGUCACAGAAAAUUCGUGAAUCUGGGUACAAUGUCAUUCGUUUGUGUGCUUCUGUUAAGGGAGCAUUCUAUGGAUUAUUAGACAGGCCAUCAAUCAUCAAUGUUCUCGCUGAAAAUGUGAGCUCAAUGGAAUUUAAUCAUUUGGGAAAGCUCAUAGAACUUGUAUUCAUUCCAUUGGUUAAAAAUUGCCCUCGUGACUGUUGGGAUGAAUGGAUGGUUGGGUUGUUAGAACCUGUAUUUAGCUACUGUGAAGAGAUCUUAUAUUAUGCAUGGUUCACUUUUCUUCAUGGGGGCAGGGCUAUUGUUCGACCUUAUCUUGGUAAUCCCAGUGGACCAGAAGAAAUAGUCAGCCAAUAUGAAAAGGAGAUAUUGCUCAAAUUUACUCGUUCUAUAUCUGAUCUGCUUGGGGUUUUAGCAUCAGAAAGACUAAAUAGUGGUCUUUCACUUUUGAGUUAUCGAUUGAAAACUAGCACAAUGGCUGAUAUACAAGACUUAAAGUCCAUAUCUUCCAACUCCAUUAUUGGGUAUCUUUUACUCCAUAACUGCUUUCGGAGGUUAAGUAUGUACUUGUUUGGGUGUUUGGCGGAUUAUCAAGCAGCAGAGAAUGCAUUGCCGUUUUGCUAUUCUUUAAUUCAUAUUGCAAAGGCUACUAAUAAUGAGAGACUGAACCAGUUUGUUCUUGAUGAAAUGCUUCCAACUAUUAUACUGCUGCUUGGUGUCGAUGUCAAGAGUGCAAUCUCACAGCUGAGUUCCUCACUAAAUUCAACCACACAAGAAGUUGCUAGGAAUAAUGUUACUUGUCUUUGUCGGGAAAUCUAUGAAGUGUACAUGGAUAAUCAGGUUAUUUCGGGUGAAGGGUUGUCUGAUCACUUUAAAGACUGGUUAGCUAAGGAAUUGGAAUAUAUUCGUAUGCGUGCUUCUCAUGCUGUGCCAGAGGAUUUCCCAAAGGAUGAUGUGUGGAAUUGGGAGCUUAAUGAAGAAUUCGAAAGAUACCUUCCUACCUACAUGAAAAUGCUGGAAGAAGUGGAUGCAAUGGAUGACUGCUUGGAGGAUGAUUAUUUGGAUGAAGAGAUUCUUUUUGAGAAACUGAGACCUGAAUUUAAGUCAGGGUAUGGCAUUGACAGCUGUAGGCAUCCUUAUCUGUACACCAUGACUUGUAUGUUCCAGCGAAAGAUUCCCGUUGUAUGCUCUCAGAAGCAUAUCAAAUUUCUCUCUCAAUGUUUGAACCGACUUAUUACACUUAAACCAUAUGUUAAGCGUACUGAUUCUUUGGGUAGCAUUUUGAAGCGUCUUCGGGAAAUCCGUGAACCACAGUAUGACAUGUGGCAAAGUGAUCCAGCAAGUGCAGUUAAUAUUUUUCGUGGUUCAAUAUUGUAUUAUUGGGAACCUCAGUUUCAUCCUUUGAUACGUGAGGGUCACAAGAAACUACUGAAAACAAUAGCUUGUCAAUUAGCCUUAGCGGAUGAUAGUGUACCGUUUAAGCCACUGGAACCGCACCCGGGUGAUUUCUUGGAGCAUUUGCGGCCUUAUGCUUGUAUGUAUAUUAAGAGAAAGAAGAAGGAAUUUGAGUAUUCUAGGAUUGAAGGACAAGUAGGCUUGCAUGAAGAGUUUGACAAUUAUUUGGCUACAGGCAAACUGGAUCAUCGUAUAAAUGAGUUCAGUUGUCCUAAGGUAGAGGAUGACUUUGAAUUUGCUGCCAAUGACUCGGUGAACAUUCGGUUUAGUAAACUGAACCGUGAUCUCAUAGCAAUGUCCUUUGAGCGAAGGGCUAAGUUCGUUGAAUGGGAAGAUCAAAUGUCCUUAUACUCCAAGUGCUUAGCAUCUGUCCUGGAAAAUGAUGAGAUGAAAGUUGAACUUGGAAAUUUGAUGAAGAUGCUGAAGGAAGCAGGCUUUUUCAAUGUUGAUGAUGAUAGAGAGGAUUGGGAUAAUAAAUUCUUUUCAGAGUCAAUAGAUCAAUUCAACAAAAUGGUCUUCCCUGGGCAGUGUGUUGACAAAUGUCUUGUCAUCCGAGGAAUAAUGGAUUAUGAAAAAAUCUCUCAUAUGAUGGAUGUAGACUGGCAAGAUGCUUUUAAAAUGGUUGUUAGUAAUAGAAAUAAGCUUUGGAAGGAAAAUCUCCGACAGUUUUGGAUGACCACAAGACAUUAUAAACAUGACUACUACGACAUACUUGCACAACCACUUCAACAGGUGUUUCUAAAAGGUGGAGUGCCGAAACCAAGGUAUGGUCGAGAGUCACUAUCUCCUGGCGUUUUGCUCCCCAACUGACGGACUAGUUCAUCACGUUUCAGCAUCAAGACCUUAUCUAAGUACAUUCUUCUGAGUAGAGCAAUUGUAUGAUGUAAUCUUGCUUUUUGUUUUUUUGGGUAAAUCAUUCAAGCGACUUCCGGACAACAGUACCUUCAAACUAUUCUGCUCAUGCAAUUGCUGCUCUUGUGCUAACUGAUGUAGACCACACAAGUUGAACCCGGUAGUAUUGACCUACUGUAACUUCCAAUCUUGGUGAAUUUGCCAGACCUUAGUAUGGCCCUGUUUAGCACAGAACAAAAUUUUCUUUUAAGGGCAGCUUCAGUGGUGGUUCGACUGGUGCAGUUCACGCAAGUCGAACACUUCGACUUCGAUUCAAUAGCGGCAAUGUUGAAAUCGAUUGGUGGGGCCCAGUCUGCAAGUAAAACUAGCAAAAGGACAGCGCGUUUCUCUC